AUGGUCUCAUUUUUUAAAAUAUUUUUUUUCAUUCUGAUAUCCUUUUUAUAUUUAAAUGAAAAGGUAAUAUGUUCCAUAAACGAAAAUGAAAAUGAAAACGAAACUGUAACCCUUAGUCACAAUUUACAAUAUAAUGAUAAUAUCGAUCAGUUAAAAUCGAUGAUUGGAAAUGAUGAACUACAUAAAAAUUUAACAAUAUUAGAAAAAUUAAUUUUAGAAUCAUUAGAAAAAGAUAAAUUAAGAUAUCCUGUCCUUAAACAAGGAACUGAAGAAUUAAUCGAUAUAUCGAAAUUUAAAAAAAAAAAUAUUACCGAUACGAAUGAUGAAUCAUACAUUAUACCUACAGUCCAAUCGACGUUUCACGAUAUUGUAAAAUAUGAACAUCUUAUGAAAAAACAAUUAAUAGAAAUUUAUAAUUCUGAUAUUUCAGAUAUAAUUAAAAAAAAAUUAUUUAUUGUAAGAACAUUGAAAACAAUAAAAUUAAUGCUUAUACCAUUAAAUUCGUAUAAACAACACAACGAUUUAAAAACU